CACCCCCGCCCGGGAGGGGGUGGUGCGGAGCCCGCAGAGGUGGGGGUGGGGUGGGGUGGAGAGGGAGCUCCCGGCACCCGGGCGCUCGCUCCGGCGGGGACACACAGCGCGGCCAAGCCGGGCGGCGCGGGGAACAGCUGCGGCGGCGUGGUCGGCGGCAGCGCGGCGCUCCUCCGGGACCUGCGCCGCGCGGGGGCGGGGCGGGCCGGGGAGGAGAGCGGGCGGGCGGGAAGGGGCGGGGAGCGCGCUCCUGCGGCGGCGGCAGCAGCGGCGGCGGCGGCCGUCCUCAUCCCGGCGGCCCGGCGCUCGAGUGGACGCGGGGCUUCGCAAAUGGCUUGUCCCGUUCUCGGUCUGGAAGCCCUCCAGCCCCUGCAGCCCGAGCCGCCCCCCGAGCCCGCCUUCUCCGAGGCGCAGAAGUGGAUCGAGCAAGUAACCGGCAGAAGUUUUGGUGAUAAAGAUUUUCGGACAGGAUUAGAAAAUGGAAUCCUUCUCUGCGAGUUGCUGAAUGCUAUAAAGCCAGGACUUGUUAAAAAGAUCAAUAGAUUGCCUACCCCCAUUGCAGGAUUGGACAAUAUCAUAUUAUUCUUGAGAGGUUGUAAAGAGCUCGGCCUUAAAGAAUCUCAACUUUUUGACCCGAGUGACCUACAGGAUACGUCCAACAGAGUAACAGUCAAGAGUCUUGACUAUAGUAGGAAGCUGAAAAAUGUACUAGUGACCAUUUACUGGCUGGGCAAAGCGGCGAACAGCUGUGCCUCGUACAGUGGGACUACGCUGAACCUGAAGGAAUUUGAAGGCUUGCUGGCUCAGAUGAGAAAGGAGACUGAUGACAUUGAGAGCCCUAAACGUAGUAUUCGAGACAGUGGCUACAUCGACUGCUGGGACUCCGAGCGCAGCGACUCCCUCUCUCCCCCUCGACACGGCAGAGAUGAUUCCUUCGACAGCCUGGAUUCCUUUGGCUCCCGUUCCCGGCAGACUCCUUCGCCAGAUGUAGUCCUCAGGGGAAGCAGUGAUGGGAGGGGGAGCGACUCUGAAUCCGACCUGCCCCAUCGGAAGCUGCCUGAUGUGAAGAAGGAUGACAUGUCUGCGAGGCGGACGUCCCACGGUGAGCCGAAAUCAGCAGUGCCUUUUAACCAGUACCUCCCCAACAAGAGCAACCAGACAGCCUAUGUCCCCGCGCCUCUGAGAAAGAAAAAGGCGGAGCGAGAGGAAUAUCGGAAGAGCUGGAGUACCGCCACCUCCCCCCUGGGUGGGGAGAGGCCCUUCAGCUAUCCUGAAACAAUAGAGGAAGAGGAAGGUGAAGUGGGGUCUCCUUGUGAAGAGGACCCCAUCAGCCAAAUGGACACCAGUGGGAAGCCUCCUGAUGGUGGGUCAGAACUACCCACCAGUUGUGGGAAGGAGCAGCCUCCUCCAGAGGGGGCUGUGGGGGCACCAGCUCCCAAGUCUGAAGAGAAAGCUGCUGCUGAAAUGCAAAAGCGCAGAAGGCUGGAGCAAGCCGGAAUCAAGGUCCUGCCCGCAGCACAGCGCUUUGCCAGUCAAAAGCAAUUAAAUGAUGAGAAAGAAGCUGUUCGAAAUAUUAUCCUUCGUAAAGAAAACCCUUUCCUGGUCCACCAACACGGCAGAGAUUCAGAAUCAGAAGAUGAAGUUGCAUGUCGACUGCCUGAUCUUGAGAAAGAUGACUUUGCUGCCAGGAGAGUAAGGAUGAACCAGACAAAGCCAAUGGUGCCAUUGAAUCAACUCCUCUAUGGGCCUUACCGAAAAAAAGAGGCAGAGAAAUCAGAUGGCAGCAAACAACACUCAAAGGGAAUCUCAGAAAAGAAAACUCUAGAACAUAAAAGAAACCAGGGCCAGACAGAAGAGGUGAAGUCAAGGGUGACCUGUAUUGUGCGGGCCCAGGAAAGUGAACCUGCAGAAGCGGGACUCAGGAAGGUGCCGGAUCUAUACAAGGAUGACCUGGCCCAGCGGAGAAUUCAGGGCAGGCUCGGCCCUCACCGUGAGGCCCCAAGCUUUAUCACGGUUGCCAGUAUAACAGAAGCCGACCUGGAGACAUGGGAGAGACUGAAAGUGUCAGAAAAGACGAGGGAUGGAGAUGUAGAGCACACGUGUGCCCCUGAGCCUUCACCAGAAAUUAAAGCGGAAACUGCCAUCCGGGAUGACUUUGCCAGCCGCAAGGCAAAGGCCUAUAAGAAAGCUUCCAGCAGCCCUAGGCAAAAGUUCGUGCACUUUGGACCAGUGACAGAGAUAGAUCAGCAGACGUGGAAGCGGCUCAGCAUUGGCAGGGCGGGGCCGAGGGAGGAUGCAGAGGAAGGCAUCAGUCCCGACAGCAAGACUCACACAUGUUCUGUGUCUGCUGCCUCAGCGGCCAUGCCCAACUUAAAGGAAGACCGCAUGCUUAAUCCACAGAAUGACUGCAGAACAGUGACUUCUGAUGUAGAUGACUGUUGUAAAAGGGUGUCUCAGCUGGCUCCCGUGCCGGAGUCCCAGGAGGAGCGUAGCUUCAGUGUGGGCGAGGGCCCCAGGAGGACAGAGGAAGUUACACACAAACAGCAGCCACAGGAUGGCAAAGAAGAGCCUGAAGGAGUUGCUCAAAGAGAUUCUGAGAUGGCGCCAAAGGCCGAAAGAUCCGAGGAGGGCGGCCAGCCACUAUACGGACCGAGAACUCCUGUGUCUGACGACGCAGAGAGCACGAGUAUGUUUGACAUGCGGUGUGAGGAAGAGGCCGCGGUGCAGCCGCACAGCAGGGCCCGCCAGGAGCAGCUGCAACUGAUAAACAGCCAGCUGCGAGAAGAGGAUGACAAAUGGCAGGAUGACCUGGCUCGUUGGAAGAGCCGUAGAAGAAGUGCUUCUCAGGACUUAAUCAGAAAAGAGGAAGAAAGGAAAAAGAUGGAGAAGCUGCUGGCUGGAGAGGAUGGGACAAGGGAACGAAGGAAAAGCAUAAAAACCUACAGAGAAAUCGUCCAAGAAAAAGAGCGGAGAGAAAGGGAGUUGCAUGAAGCAUACAAGAAUGCACGGACCCAGGAGGAGGCAGAGGGUAUCCUUCAGCAGUACAUCGAGAGAUUCACCAUCAGUGAAGCUGUUCUUGAACGUUUGGAGAUGCCAAAAAUCCUGGAAAGAAGCCAUUCAACAGAGCCAAACUUAUCCCCCUUCCUCAGCGACCCCAACCCUAUGAAAUAUCUGCGGCAACAGUCACUGCCUCCACCCAAGUUCACUGCCUCUGUGGAAACCACCAUCGCUCGUCCCAGCGUUCUGGAUGCCAGCAUGUCAGCAGGCAGUGGGUCUCCGAGCAAAACUGUCUCUCCCAAAGCAGUGCCUAUGCUGACACCCAAGCCUUACUCCCAGCCCAAAAACUCUCAAGAGGUUCUGAAGACCUUCAAGGUUGAUGGGAAAGUCACCAUGAAUGGAGAGACGACUCAUGGUGAUGAGGAGGAGAAGGAAAGAGAGUGUCCCACGGUGGCACUUGCCACCUCGUUGACCAAAUCCCAGAUGUUUGAAGGUGUGGCCAGAGUGCAUGGGUCCCCUGUGGAGCUGAAACAAGACAGCAACAGCAUUGAGAUCAACAUAAAGAAGCCAAGUUCUCUUCCCCAAGAGCUGACAGCCACCACUGAAGAAACUGAAGCGAACAGUCGAGAAGAUGAAAAUGAUGGUGAAGAAACAGAAAAAGGGAAUACAGAAGCUGCCCCAUCAGAGCCACAGCUUUUUACAACAACUGUGACCAGAUCCAGCCCGACCGUGGCCUUUGUGGAGCUUUCGCCCAGCCCUCAGCUGAAGAAUGAGGCGCCAGAAGAGAAAGAGCAGAAGAAGCCAGAAGAUGAAAUGAGUGGGAAGGUGGAGCUGGUGACGUCACAAAAGGUGGUAAAGCCAAAAUCUCCCGAGCCAGAGGCAACCCUGACAUUUCCAUUUCUAGACAAAAUGCCUGAAACCAACCAGUCACCUUUGCCAAAUCUCAAUUCUCAAGAGUCGCCUGGCCCUGCCAGCAUUCCGCUGAGAGUUCAGAACUCUUGGCGACGUUCCCAGUUUUUCUCCCAGUCAGUGGAUUCUCCAAGUAGUGAAAAGUCACCUGUAACUACACCUCAGUUUAAGUUCUGGGCGUGGGACCCAGAAGAGGAGCGCAGGCGACAGGAAAAAUGGCAACAGGAGCAGGAGCGUUUGCUCCAGGAGAGAUACCAGAAGGAGCAGGACAAGCUGAAAGAAGAGUGGGAAAAGGCCCAAAAGGAGGUGGAAGAAGAAGAACGCAGAUACUAUGAGGAGGAGCGGAAAAUAAUUGAGGACACUGUGGUUCCAUUUACUGUUUCUUCAAGCUCUGCAGACCAGCUCUCUACAUCUUCCUCUGUGACAGAAAGCAGUGGGACGGUGAAUAAGAUGGACUUGGAAAACUGUUGUGAGGAAGAACAAGAGACAAGACAGAAGAGACCAUUCCAGGAGGAUAACAGUGACUCAAUGCUGAAGACUAGGGAAGGUGAUCCACUGGAGGAGAAGGGCAGCAGCCUAACUCAAGGGGUCUUGACUCAUUCUGAGAACCCUGCAUCAGAAGGAAUCUACCACCAGCUGGAUACAGAAGCUGGGGCCCCACAGUGUGGGGUGAACCCACAGCUAGCUCAGGAUCCAUCCCAGAAUCAGCAGGUAUCAAACCCACCAAUGCACAUUUUAGAAGAUGUGAAGCCAAAAACCCUUCCAUUGGACAAAAGCAUUAACCAUCAGAUUGAGUCUCCGAGUGAAAGGCGGAAGUCUAUAAGUGGGAAGAAGCUGUGCUCUUCGUGUGGGCUUCCACUGGGCAAAGGCGCUGCGAUGAUCAUUGAGACCCUCAAUCUCUAUUUUCACAUCCAGUGCUUUAAGUGUGGGAUUUGUAAAGGUCAGCUUGGAGACGCCGUGAGUGGGACGGACGUUAGGAUUCGAAAUGGUCUUCUAAACUGUAAUGACUGCUACAUGCGAUCCAGAAGUGCUGGCCAGCCCACAACGUUGUGACGUGGUUUUCAAGCUUCCAGAUCACUCACCAUUUCCUUACUGAGGGUGUCCCCUGGCAGUUGUUUAACAAAAUCCCAAGUUCAGGGGCUCCACAGCAUUCAUCUGAUUUCUGAAAGGCUAUUUUAAAAGAUGGUAUCUGUUCUUUUGUAGCACAGUGUUCGUGUUUUUCCUGGUUUCCUUUCCUUUUUUUUUUUUUUUUUUGGCAUUUGCACAGUAUAUACAAAGAAUAUUGAAUUGUAAUGAUCCUGAAUAGUUCAAAAAGAAAAGGUCUUAGCAUGGUCAAACAGGCUUAUGGUUUAAAAUAUGUUAUUCUCUUUUUGGGGAGUUAAUGAGAUAAAUGAUGCAAUAAACCUGUUUGGUUUUUUUGUUUUUUUUUUUAGCAUUUCUAGGAAUUAAUCAUUUUAUGUUUACAGAAUUGAGCUGCAGAAAAUGCAGGACAUGCCAAUUUGAGACACAUGGUCUUCUGAGUCAGGAGCAUACAAUUAAUGCAUUUCAGAAACUAAAAAUCACACCAUCUAGCUCUGAGCUAUAACUUGUUUUUACUGCAAAGUCACUAGGCUGAUAAUAUAUACUGUAAUCUUGAAACAUUUGUGUUACUUACCUUUUGAGGUGGAAGUCAUACCAAUAAAUUAUUGCACCGUUAGUAUUAGAUUCUGUGUCCUUUGGAAAUUAUGCCAUUGAUAUAGGCCGAACCAUCGAAUAGAGAGAACCCUUGUAAUAUUGGCUAGGUUUACACUCUGGGACAUUGCCCAAGGGUAGGAAGAAACCAGAGGGACAUAAUUCAGUCAUUAUUUCCAAAGUUACUACCAAAAUCUGUGAGGAAGUUUAAUCUUCCAAAGAGUGGUGGGUCAGUGAUAGCCAAGAGAGCUUUGUGGCUUGCUUCUCUUCAUGCUCUAGAUUCAAUAAAAGGCUCAGUGUGGGACAUAUGGAAGCUGUCGUCGAGAUCAGUCCAUCGCUAGGUGUGACCCUGCUCACCCUUGCCUGCACCUUCUCCUUGGGGCCUGAAGCCCAGGUGGCUAAAGAGAAGCACUGAAUCCAUCCUAAUAGAAUCCAAUGACAUACAAUGUGAGAAGCCACUCGUGUGUGAUCAGCAAGCACCUACCACUCACAUCGUCCCCUGCCCACCCCACUGGAUCCCUGCCUGCUCUCCUCCACGCCAUCCAUCACCAACUCUCUUGACUUCUGGAACUCCAGAACCCAGAAUUCUGGACCUUGCUCAUGGAGAAGUUUAGCAAGGAACUCUUGUGGAGGGCUGGCUUAUUUUUUUGCCCUGUGUGAUGAGUUUCAUCUGGCCAAGAAAGGAAUCAAGUUAUUAAAAAGCAUCCCAUUUUAGAUCUUCAGGCUGUUUUCCUGAAGACUGGGGAAAGGGGGACUAUUUAUUCUGCCUUAAAAUGAUGGCAAAUAAGUGAAGAUGACAGAUGACAUUUUGUGAAGGUAGACUCUGGAUAUACUCCUAAUAGGUUAACGUAGUCAUAAAAGGAGAUCAAGUAGAUGUUUUUCUGUUAUGUAAGCAAUAAUUUUUUUUCUCUGUCUUAUUGAGUAUGGCUAGCAAUUAUUUAUUUACAUGCUAGACAGUUCUCUGCAUGCGGGUUCCAUGUAAGUGCAGAAAUUUCCUCAGCCACUGGAGAUAGUUUGGCCAUUUUGUUAUUUGGACGAGCUGUUGUUAGAUUGAAAUUUACACAUCAUUUCAUUAAAAAUUGUGCCUUAGAAAAUGCAAAGCUGUUGCACAUAGUGAUGAAUUAUGGAUGCAGUACAUUGGAGAGAGAUGAAGUCACUUCCAAGUUCUCAAGACUUCUCAUGGAGGUGUUGGCUGCUUUACAGGGGGGAAAAGUUUAAAAAAAAAAGAAAAAGAAGAAUUGAAAACAUUUUGAAAAUGUACAGAUUAAGUCCAAUAUUUUGAUUAACCACCUGCAUGUUUUAUUAAGUAUUUUGAUAAUAUGGAUGUUUGCACUUUGCAUGAUAUUAGAAGAGUACUUUACCACCAAUAAUGCACAAAACAUGUACAAUAGAAUCAUUCAUAACCGAUUUUUAUAGAAUACUUUUUACAUGUGGAACUCCAUCCAUUAUGUAAGGAUUAUAUGGAUAUUGCACAUUCUCUUCUGGUUUCACAAACCCAUUUAUACAUAUUUCUUAGUGAGACUCAUUGUACAUGUAUUGAAGCUAGAAUCAAGUCAAGAAAAAUAAAGCCCCAUUCUCCAACUGCGAAAUGUGCUUUUCCAUAAUGAACAAUAGUCACCAGCACAGAAUAAUCUCCAACAUUUUCUAAAUUCUAAUUGCCAACUGUUUCUAUUUAUAUUUGAUUUAUAUUUCAUUUGGAGUCUGUUACAUGGCAGCUCGGGCAGACUAGAUCUUGUUUUUUCCAAUGCAGCAUAAUGAGUAUGAUCUAUUUCUUUUCAAAUAAUCUCUGAGAUCCCAGGAAAAAAAAUGCUGUGCUCCGUUGAGCUACAAUGUAAAUGUGUUUGUUUAAAAAACAGAUGAGGCAAGUGAGUGAUUUAUUGUUCCUGAGGAAGUAUAUCUUUUUUUUCUUAUACUUCAAAAGCUAGUCUCUUCUUUCUUAAGAAAAAAAAAGUGGGUAACUCUGUUUUUCAUGUGCAAACUUUCAUGACAUGUGUUCAUUCUUUCUGUGUAGUGUUAUUAAUGCAAUACCUACUAUAGUUAUCUAUACACAAUGUAAGACUUAACAAGCUGAAAUGAUCCACCUCAUAUGUGAGUCCGUCCAAAAGAUGUUACUAUUCUGGGUGGGCCAAUGUUCUGUAUCAGUUACACUAACCUUCAUUUAAAAUAUUUAUUCUAAAAUGACUCUGAGAAAUAGUAAAAAAAAUAAAAUAAAGUUGUCUAAAACGCAACAGCUUUUAUAGUAAAUGUACAUUUAUAAAUAAAAUACUCAAAUUAA